GGCGGCAGCGGCAGCGGCAGCGCCGGGCGGCCCGGGCGCCGCUCCUCCCGCCGGCCGGCCGCUGCCCGCCCGCCUGCGCGCGGCUCGGGCCGCCCGGCGGCCUGGUGGCACUCGCGGGGCGGGGGAGGAUGAGCACGGCGGCUCCGGGCGGCCGCACCACCACCGCCACCAGUGGCAGCAGCAGCAGCAGGCGCCGCCGCCGCCGCGGGGCCCGGCCGAGGGGGCCGCUGAGCUGAGCAGCGGCGGAGGCUGGGGAUGGCGCUGCCGGCGGAGCGCGGCGCCGAGCCGCGGCCCGGCGCUUCCCGCCCCGCCGAGGAGGAGGAGGACGGCGGCGGCGGGGCUGGCGGGCAACCGGAGGCGCUGUCGCUGGAGGAGAUCCUGCGUCUCUACAACCAGCCCAUCAACGAGGAGCAGGCGUGGGCCGUGUGCUACCAGUGCUGCGGCUCGCUGCGGGCCCGUCGCGGCGAGGCCCCCGCCGCCAGGCUGGGGGCAGCCGCCCACCUCCGCGUCUGGCGGGAUGGCGCCGUCACCCUGGAGCGGGGCGAGCCGCCGCCGCCGCCCGCAGGUAAAUCAAGCCAUUUACCUUGCACAGAGAUGGAGGUCAUUGAAUCACUGGGGAUUAUUAUAUACAAAGCCCUGGACUAUGGUUUGAAGGACAAUGAAGAGCGGGAAUUAAGUCCUCCACUGGAGCAGCUUAUUGAUCACAUGACUAAUACCACAGAAACAGAUGGGAGUAAAGAUGAGGGAUAUGAUGCUCUGGAUGAAGGAGUGGAGGAUGACGAUGAUGAAAAAGAGGAAGUUGAGGCCAUUCGUUCCUAUAAAGAUGUCAUGAAGCUGUGUGCUGCCCAUCUGCCAACCCGAUCAGAGGCACCGAACCACUAUCAAGCAGUAUGUCGGGCUCUGUUUGCUGAAACGAUGGAAUUGUACACUUUCUUGGCCAAAAUUAAAAGUGCAAAAGAGAAUCUGAAGAAGAUUCAAGAAAUGGACAAAGCAGCAAGUGAUGAAACCAGCACAGACCUUGAUGACUUAAAAAAUGCUGACUGGGCUCGUUUUUGGGUACAAGUGAUGCGAGAUUUACGGAAUGGUGUCAAACUUAAGAAAGUUCAAGAGCGUCAGUACAACCCCCUCCCGAUAGAAUAUCAGCUCACACCCUAUGAAAUGCUGAUGGAUGACAUUAGAUCCAAACGCUAUACCUUAAGGAAGGUUAUGGUCAAUGGUGACAUUCCACCUCGAUUAAAAAAGAGCGCACAUGAAAUAAUCCUGGAUUUCAUCCGAUCACGACCUCCAUUAAAUCCUGCCUCUGCAAGAAAAUUAAAACCAACCCCACCACGGCCACGCAGCCUUCAUGAAAGGAUAUUGGAGGAAAUCAAGGCAGAAAGGAAGUUACGCCCUGUCUCACCUGAUGAGAUAAGGCGUAGCAGGCUGGAUGUAUCUACACCAGAGGUUGGAAGAAAAUUAGUAGACGCCUCUGUAGUGAAUGGUGGUUUGGCACCGCAAGGAAAGCAGAAUGGUGCCACGCAAGUGACAGUACAACGAAAGAGACUUCUUAAGGCUCCCACGUUGGCUGAACUUGACAGCUCAGAUUCAGAGGAGGAGUCAGUGCACAAAUCAGCAAGUAGCAGCAGCAUUUCUCCCUCCCAGAUGGAAGACCCCUUUCAGGAAGGCACCAGCAGCAGAAAGAUGCCUCCAAAGUUCUUGCCAAUAUCAUCUACACCACAGCCCGAGAGACGGCAGCCACCUCAGAGACGACACUCCAUUGAAAAGGAAACACCAACCAAUGUGAGACAGUUCCUACCACCUACAAAGCAGAGCUCCAGAUCACUUGUUCCUAGGAUAACCAGUUUAUUUCCAAGGAUGACUUUCAGACCACUUUUUUCAGCUAUGCAAACAGCUUCUCUGCUCAGCUCUCAUCCCGUUGAAGCAGCCAUGUGCGGGGUGGCAGGGGCUAUGUACUAUCUCUGUGAGAGAGCUUUUGCCAGCAGGUGGAAACCCACAAAGGAGGAGUUCUGCUACCCUGUGGAGUGUCUCGCUCUGACGGUGGAGGAAGUCAUGCACAUCCGUCAGGUGCUGGUGAAGGCAGAGCUGGAAAAGUACCAGCAGUAUAAAGACGUGUACACCGCUCUCAAGAAAGGGAAGCUCUGCUUUUGCUGUCGAACAAGAAGGUUUUCUUUCUUUACCUGGUCUUACACUUGUCAGUUCUGUAAGAGGCCUGUAUGCUCCCAGUGUUGCAAAAAAAUGCGAUUGCCGUCAAAGCCAUAUUCCACCCUCCCCAUCUUCUCACUGGGACCUUCAACCUUGCAGAGAGGAGAAAGCUUCAUGAGGCCGGAGAAACCCUCCACCAGUCACCACCGAUCGCUGAGGAGCAUGCCUAGGUUGGCCUCAAGGUCCAAAUCUGUGGAUAGGUCACAUGAAGAGCUACAGUUUCCCAAAGAAUUAAUGGAGGACUGGAGCACGAUGGAGGUGUGCGUGGACUGCAAGAAGUUUAUUUCAGAAAUCAUCAAUUCAAGCCGACGCAGCCUCUCUCUGGCCAACAAGCGAGCCAGGUUAAAAAGGAAAACGCAGUCUUUCUACAUGUCAUCGCCAGGAACCUCUGAAUACUGCCCAUCUGAACGAACUAUCAAUGAGAUCUGAGCCUCGUGCCUUUUUAUUUGCUUUUGUUUUCGUGAGGUCAUUAUCCACGAGCAAGGUCACUGAGACUGGAUUGCCAUUCCGUUGCUUCGUUUCACUUAACGGCUUGAAUUUGCAUUAGCUCACAGGAUUUCCUGCUCCGAGGGUUUCCAGAGACACACAGUGCUGUGUUUGUAUCUGUACAGAAUGAUACGCAACGGGUCAGCUGUUUGCACUGGAAGAAAAACAGUAGUUUGAAGUUGUUGCCUCUUUUGUAUGUGUGCUUUCAAACUAGAAAGCCUUUUCUUGCUUUCAGUCUUUUUUUAACCAUUCUUUGAAUCAUUUUUCAGGAGACGAGCUGAAACAUAUGUUUAAAGGAGAUCCAAAUCUAACAAGGUGUCAGUGUCAGCACAGUAGCAAACAGUAAGUCUUGUUGGCAUUACCAGCCUAGUAAUGCUCGCAUCCUAGUUUCGACAGCACAGGGUUGUAUCGCGCACCACCUACCUAGUGUGAGCAACUGUGAUCAAAACGAUCUUUCUUCGAACCGAUUUUGUUGCUCUGAGAUCAGGGUUCAGCAGGGGACUUUACAAUCUCUGUGUCCUUGGGCAAACAUAUCUGACGACGCCGUUUGCCCCUGUGGUUGGCUGUUCCCCUGCGCUGCUCCACUUUCUAAGCCUUAGUGUACUUCUAAGUGUCUCCUGAGCGGGUUUUAGUAGUUUACUUUCUAUCUUGAAUGUACGAUGAUGAUGAUGAUUAGCAGCAGUAAAUUUUAAUAGUCGACAGAGUUGUACAGACUAUGGGGAGGAUGGGAAAUAAGGGAGGUUCUAAUUUUAACUGAAUACCUGUAAAGUUGUUUUUGUGGUUACUCAGAGAAGAAAGGUGGGUAAGGUGUACAUUUGUAUUAUAAAGGAACACUAAUACUGCUGUAAUUACUUCUGACAGCAUAUCCACUGUUAACCCCAUUUUUCUGGGGUUUCUAACUUGGCUGUAGAAUUUAGUAUUCUGCUGAAAUUUGGGACAGUGCUGUCUCAGAUUGGGAGCAUUCUCUUUUUAUUUUUUGCUUUUCUCAUUCUCUUUUUCCCUGUUUAAUUCACUCACAGGAGAAUGCUAGACUAGAUGUUCCUGUAAUGUUACAAUGUUAACUGACAUCACAUGCUUUUUUGCACUUUUUUAUAUUCGAAAUAAUUUUUUUUUAAUUCAGGCAUAGCCAGAGUUUAGUCUAUAAUUUGAUCGUUUUGGUAUUUAAAAGCAAGUUAACAUAGCCAAGUUAUUAAUACUUGAAAAUCAACUACUGUAACUUUUUCAUAAAAUUUUUAAUACCCUGAGGCAUAUUAAAUAUCUAUAUAGCAGUGUAUUAUAGAGUGACAUAGCAGAAAAAUUUCAGAUCUAUUUAUUAACAUUUCUAUACUUCAGAUUAAUGAGAGAUACCUCAGAACUGCUCCAAAGUAGCUGGGACUGGAUUCACAUAACUUGAUUUUAAAUAUGUAUGUAUCCAAACAGACCCUCCUGUCCAAAUCUUGUGCAUUUAAAAGCCCCGCGGAGGCCAGAUUCCCCAGGAGGCCCUGGUGCUGCGGCUUGCCUGGCCCCUGGGCAGGAGCUGCGCUCCGGUUCCAGUGCGGGUCUCCUCCUGCUGCCCAGGGCCGCAGGAUUCCCCUUCCAAGCGUAUUUGCAGGUUACACUGCAGUUUUCAGAGCAACCAUUUGUGUAUAUUUAAGCUAAUUGGAAAAGCACAUGCAAAAGUCUCCUUAGACCUUCCCAGGGACUCAUCCAUCCUUAUUUUUCUUUAAACACCUUCUCAGAAAAUGAGAAGUUUUGCAUACGCAGAGCUUGUUGAAAUAAUGUUUUAAGCUCUGACUGAAGUGACGCAAACAGGAAAAGCAGGGCUCACGGCUAACUCUCCCUCUUUUGCUGUCCUGUGUGAGGUAAGGUGUCUUGGCCCUCCCUUUGGGUACCUCUGGAAACGUGUUUUGCAUGUUGAAGCACCUGGAGUAUUGGAGUGAGAUAAGGCUGUAGGAGAUGAGGACUCGCGGGGGGCAAGUAGGAAAGGUCUGCUGUUGCUGGAGGGUUGCCUGAUCUCAGCCACAUCAGCGCUUUCUCUCGUUUCUGUGCCAAAACCAGGCCUUGCAUCUGCUGCACAGUGGUCACAUCAGGAAAACUAGGCUCAAAGAAAUACAAAAAGUCUUACUUUGAAUCUGCCCUUUCUUACAAUUUUCUCCUGAAAAUGCCCUGGCCACAUGUUACAAUCAGUCACUCCAAUUCAAGCCACUAAGGUGCAGGAUAUCCAGCAUGCUUAUUUUAACCUUGAGAGGAGGUUAGGGCGUUGCAGAGCAGGCAGAAUCAAGGACCAGGUAAAUCCUGAGCGUGCAAAGGGAAACGGGUGCCCGCUGCACGCCAGAGCCACCCACGAGAGGCGCCGGCCCCUGCAUGGGAGUCGCACUCCCUCUGCCACCUCGGCAGUGUCUCUGUCUGGGGGCGGCUGCCCCCCGCGUCCAGCUAGGCCUGGGGGCAGAGCACGAACCUCGUGGGGCUUUGUUGCCCUCGGACACCCAGCAGCGCUGGGCUCGGAGCUGCGCAGGGCAGCGCGCAGACCCCGAACGGUGAGGUGGUCGUACGAACUAUGCCUGGGUGUUCACACGGCGCUGCUGUGGGGCAGGGAGUGGCCGUUCACGCCCACCUCCCUUCUUGCCCUGGAAAAACCCUCCGGCCUGCUGACACAAGCCCCAGCAAGCUCCAGAAAAGGUGCUGCAGCGGGCUGCCUCUCCGCUUUUGCUCCUGUCCUUCCCUCUGCCACAGCUGUUCCGCAUUAUGCUGGCAUUUAAUUCAGCAAAGGAAAAAGCAAUGGGUUUGUCGAUGAUGUAAAGCCUGGAGGAGCUCAGCUUGCUCUCUGCCUGGAUCUCUGCGGAGUGGGUUAUUUUUAGCUUUCCAUCUCGCUGCUUGUGCUAGCAUCCCAAAUCCACUCGUCAUUUGCCUGUGUACCUCACGGUGCUGCCCAGCAUGUCCUGUUUAUGGUCAAAAUGUCACAUUCAUGUCAGAGUAAGAAAUCAGAAGCUUGUAAAUAUGUGUAAUAUAUUUAUUAAUAUUUAGGAAGUCACCAUCAGUCAUGCAAUGGGAAUUGACUUUUCCAAGACAUUUUAGAAAGAAAAUGAGUCCUAUUUAUAUGUGUGUUGGCUAUUACCUUUAUUAAAGCUUUCAGCCCCUUCAGACAGUUUGCACUCCAUAGGCAUUUUAGAGUGAAUUACUGCUGAAAAGAAUGUGGGACUAGCACAGUGAGGUCAUGUCCAUGAAUUUUGAAAAUCUUUUAUUUUUCUAGCUGUGUUAAUAUGCCCAAGACCUGUUUAAGUAUAGCAGUAGAGACCCAAGGAGUCAAAAACACCACUGGCAGUAACAGUCUUGGUAUUUUGUAUAUGAACCCCGUUGUUGAGAAUGUUCAUGGUGACAAUACUGCUUAUGGGGUUUGAUGUGCCUCCCCCCCAUUAUUUCCUUUAUAUUGGGGGCAGGGGGGAGGGAGUGACGUUACCUGGCAAAAAUAAAAUACCUUUCCAUUAUAGCCUUUGUCUGUGUUUGUUAAUUAUUCAUGUGUAAGCAUAUGUAAAAGUUCUCACCUUUUCUUUUUCAUGUUUCUAUAGUUUUGUAAAGAUCAAUCAGCUGUUUCUUUUGACAAGAAGUGUUAAUGAAAAUGGUUGAAGAACAUUUGAACACUGGCUGGGCUGCAUGAAGGGAAGGAAACAUGUCAAAGUGUUCUUAGAAUAGCAAUAAAACUGCUUAUGUAACCCUGGUGA